AUGGUAGCAGGCUUCGCCUACGCUCCCGUCACAAAGGGCAUCCUGAUUCAGCUCUCUAUCCUCACCGUCCUCGUCUCGCUCUUCCAGCUGAAACCCCACAUCCAUUUGCAACUCUUCCCGCACGUUUCCGUACAUCAUCAGUACUACCGACUGUUGGCUCAGCAUUCUGCAUUCACCAACUCUUCGGAACUGUUUUUGUGCCUGCUGCUCUUCUACACUGCCGGUGUCAAGGUGGAACGUACAUUCGGAAGCUACAAAUACGCUGCGUUUUUGACGGUGACCACUGCGAUCUAUACUGUAGCUCAGGUGGUGCUGCUCAGCCUUGGUUCCUACAUCUGCGGCUUGAUCUUCGGAUCGCACGAUGAAAGAGACAGUCAAUCUUGGAUAGCUUUGGCUAAAACUCCAGCUGGACCGUUCGGCCCGCUCUUUGCAGUGCUCGUCCAGUAUCACUGCAUCAUUCCGCACCUAUGGACCGUCCAGAUCGGCCGAUUUACUCUCACCGAUCAGCACAUCACCGUCCACUCGCUCGCUCUCGUGCUUGUAUUCUCUCAGCCCUUCUCAACGCUUUUCUGUGCUGUCCUGGCUGUGACGGUAUCGGCUCUGUACCGCAGUGACACGCGGAGCGGGCUGAAAGAGUACCGGAUUCCACCGCGCGUCUACCGGAUCGCGUCGCUCCUGCUCGCACCAUGGGUGGGCAGUACACGACUACCGCAGAGAUCGUGGAGAGCAGAACAGCCGAUCAGAAGCUCGAGGGAUGCUAGAGAGGCUAGACUCGCAGAGCACAAUGCUACAGUUGCAAGCGUGAAUGCGCAUGCUGCAUUCCGAGUCACGCCGCGAUUAGCGAGUUUGUUGAGCAGCAGAGCACGCCCCACAGCAGAAGCUGCACUAGUGGCUCCAAAUCAUAAUACACAAGCCCAAGCCCAAACUCAUCAGAGUAUCGUACUCCAGUCCCAAGCAGCACCACCAGCAUCCGUGCCAGCGACAUCCUCGUCAGCGUGGAACAAUCUCGCGUCGCCGCACCUAACGCCGUCCGAACAGCCCCUCUAG